GGACUCCGCGUCCCCUCCUGUCUGUGUCAGUUGGUGUGGGCCGGGGUAGCGGGAGGCAGCGCGGCGGUCGCUGUAGGCUGGAGGAAGCGGGCUGCGGGGCCGCGCCAGCGGGAUCUCAGCCGGCGGGGAGCGCCCGUGCCAUUCGCCUCAGCCACAGCCGCCACAUUUGUCCGAAAACAUGAGCCGAGAUUUCAAACCGGGAGACUUGAUCUUUGCCAAGAUGAAAGGUUACCCCCAUUGGCCGGCCAGGGUGGAUGAAGUUCCUGAUGGAGCAGUGAAACCUCCUACAAAUAAAAUGCCUAUUUUCUUUUUUGGAACACAUGAGACGGCAUUUUUGGGACCAAAGGACAUAUUCCCAUAUUCUGAAAAUAAAGAUAAAUACGGUAAACCAAAUAAAAGAAAAGGCUUUAAUGAAGGAUUAUGGGAAAUUGACAACAACCCCAAAGUAAAAUUCUCUCAUCAACAGUCGCAUCCAACUGUUAACAACACCGAUAAAGAGACUGUUGAAGAAAGCUGUCAAGAGCCUACUGAGGGAAGUGAAGAAAAAGUAGGAACUAAAAGGAGAAAGUCUACAGUCCCCAAAUUAUCUGCUAAACAGGAUAAUUUACCCACUGAAGUUGAAACAGAAGAAAAAGAGAUGGAUGCUGCAAAGGAAGAAGAUGUCCCUUCAGAAAAACCCAGUAGUGAAGGUGUGGUGAAAGCUAAUGAUGUACCUGUUCCUAAAGUUGCUAGAAGAGGGAGAAAAAGAAAGUCUGAAAAACAAGCAGAAUCUGAGGAGGCAGCAGUAGCAGUGGCAACAGCUACAACAGUGGCAGCAGCAACAACUGCAGUAGUUGUGGCUCCUAAAGUAAGCCCUAAAAGAGGAAGACCAGCAGCUACAGAAGCUAAGGUUCCAAAACCAAGAGGACGACCCAAAUUGGUGAAACCACCUUGUCCUUCAGAAAGUGACAUUGUUCAUGAGGAGGAUAAGACCAAGAAAAAAGUACCAGAAGAAAAACAACCAAAAAAACAGCUGAAAAAAGAUGAGGAGAAUCAGAAGGAAGAAGACAAACCAAGGAAAGAUAUUGAGAAAAAGGAAGGAAAAAGAGAGACCGAACCAAAAAGGAAAAGUGCCACUAAAGUGGGUUCUACAUCAGCCUCUGAUUCUGAAGAGGAUGGAGAAGAGCAGGAAGGUGAUAAGAAGAAAAAAGGAGGAAGAAACUUUCAGGGUGCUCAUAGGAGGAAUAUGCUAAAAGGCCAACAUGAGCGAGAUGUUGGAGAAAGAAAACGCAAGCAAGAAGAGCCGAUAGAAUCUGAGCCCUGGAGCCCACACCGUCAGACAGAACAAGGAAAAGGUUCUGGCUUAUGCUACUCUGGCUCUGCAAAGCCAGUUGAGUGAUUUCAAGAGCAAUCUGCACUCAGAAGAGAAACUAUCACAAAAGAACCAAGCAUCAGCAUGGAGAGAAGAUGCUGCCAGAAACUUGGGGGUUGGGGGGGGGCACACUGGGAAGAAAUCUCUGUCCUGUUCUGGAGAGCAAUUCCAGGAAUGGGUGAAGAAGGAAUCACCAGGAGAUCAUGAUGUCCCCAUCCCCACAGUUGGUGGGAGGGAGGAAGAAAGGGAGAACAAGGUAACAAAACUCUGGGAGAAAAUGACAUGAGAAAACCGUCCCUCCCUCUCCACAUAAUGACAAAGUCUAACACAUACCAGUUCCCCUCUAACCUUUCCAUGCCUAGUAACAAGAACCCAGACUCUAUCUUUCUGUCCUCCUCAACCACCCUUUCUUGGCAGCCUAAAUUCAUUCCCUUUCGCUAGCUGCCAAAUUGCAAGCAUCUCCAGCUCCCAAAGAUAUUAAACUCUGCCCCUACCAUUCCUCAACAACUAGUUUGAAUGUAUUGUUAAUGCUUGAUUCUGUGCUACACUUUUAAUUCUGCAACUAAUUGUAAUGUAUUGAUUUGGUUAUUCAUUUUAAUAUUAAUGAAAUAAACUCAUUUUAAAUACCUUUCAAGUUUACUUUCAUGCUUCUGAAGAGCUAGAAACGGUUGCAUUUAAAUUAUUAUAGGUAGGAGGAGAGCAUUUGCUUCAGCCUUGGGAUACAUAUGUCAUGGAAUAUGCAGGCCUUUAUUAUAGCUAGUGACUCAUGUUAACACUAAACCUAGAACCAAAAAAAAUUUAAAAUGUGCUCUUUACUUCUGCAGUAUCUUCUGCCUGCACAUUGAUACAGAAGGAAGUCUGUUAUUCCUCACAGACCUAAUAGUCUAAACAGAUGGAACAGUCUUGCUUAUGCAUCUUAAAUUUGUUCUAUUAUGCCUCUGUAUUAUUCCUUUAUAUUUAAAACUGUAUUUUGUUCUGGGCUGCCAGUGUCAUGAAAGAUGCACUAUGAAAUUUGUUUUGUGUUCCUGUAAAUCUGUGAACCUGUAAUUGGUUAGAAUGAGAGGAAUAUCCAGGAUAUGCUUAAGGACUGAUAUUAUUUUUAAAUGGAUUUUUUUGGUCAGUUUUUGAUAUCUGUUGUCAGCUGCAUCAAAAAUAUACUAAAAAUGCAUUGCAGAAAAUGUGGUCCCACUGCAUGUUAGGAUUUGCCAAACGUAAAAUAAGACUUUGUAUAUAUGUAGAAGUAGUACCAACUAUAAUACAGUCUAAAGCAGUGGUGGGCAACCUGCGGCCCAUGGGCUGCACGCGGCCUGUCAGGGUAAUCCGCUGGCAGGCUGCAAGACAGUUUGUUUACGUUGACCGUCCACAGGCACGGCUGCCCGCAGCUUCUAGUGGCCGCGGUUCGCCUUGCCUGGCCAGUGGGAGCUGCGGGAAGCACCCAGGGCGCAGGGACAUGCUGGUUUCUGCUUCCCACAGCUCCCAUUGGCUGGAAUUGGUGAAAUUUGGCCGCUCGGAGCUGCGGGUGGCCGUGCCUGUGGACGGUCAAUGUAAACAAACUGUCUCGUGGCCCGCCAGCGGAUUACCCUGACAGGCCACGUGCGGACCAUAGGCCACAGGUUGCUCACCACUGGUCUAAAGACUUGAUAAAAAAGGAUUUAUAGUGGUUCCUGAACCAUGUAGUUGAGAGUUCAAAACUUCUAUUUUGUUCCAAAAUAAGACACUGAGACUUUGUAAUGUCUUCUGUCCUCCUCUUGUGACUGGAGGGUGGCCAUGCCAUUAUCCUGAAGUUUUUUCCUUUAAAUCCUUGUUUUCAUUUUAUUGUAUUGUAUUUUCACUCAUCCUAAGGGAAAGAGCCUUGAGAUUUGUAAAAAUACUGUAAAGAGGGUGGGGGGGGGUUAAAUUCUUUACACUUCUGUGCUUAUUAAGGUGUUUCAAUGUGAUUAAUAUAUAAUAUGGCGAUUUGUAUUAGGGCACUUAAGGUUUUCUGUAGAUUUCUCUCCUCCACUGCUGACUGUUUGGUGUGGGGGGGGGGCAGGGUUUGUGUGGUUUUUUUUUUUUUUUUUUUUUGCAGGGGGGGAAGGUGCCAUAUGAUAGGAACUGUUAGAAUCCCCCACCUCUAUUACUGUGUGUAGCUGAGGUAGAACUAAAUGCCACUUUUAAAGUCUGAUGUGAGCCAUUAAAGUGUUCUUGAAGUCAUAAAAUAUUCUGUUGUGUGAAUCUUUCAUACUGUGCAUUUUUCUUUUUAACUUUCACUUGUGACAGAAGCACAGAGAAUAAAAUUUAUAAAUCUGUA